AUUUAUAUGGAUUUGAUGACAUCUUCUGUCACGUUGUUCGUCAUGUCGGCGUAUGGCUCGUACCCCUCGUUGGAAUGUAGUCGCAAAAGCAUCGACCAACAGUUCCGGAAUUCGGCGUGAUGACUAUGGAAACCGUCUCACCUAGAUAAUGGCAUGCAGGUAAUAAGGGUCACCCCUUAAGUGUUUGCGCCCGCAAUCACGCCAUCACAUUUUACAAUCAGACCGGUGAACGUCAUGAUGGGUUUCAUCGACUGAAUGGAUUCUGUCAUGGUGCAUCCGCUCAGAUACAUACCGUGCAACCUACCCUACACCACCUACACCACCAAGGCUGGUUUACCAAUCCCUUGCUUCGUCAUCCUCGGUUCGUGUCUCACCCGACAGUCUUCGCUUCCGGGUUGGCUUGAGUUGGCUUCAAGCGCAUUUGUCGGACCAGCCGUCCAACUCGGCCUAGGGCGCUUGCUUCAACGAAGCCAGUCAGCCAUUUCCCGUAACCCCCCUGUCUCGCCAAAGGUUGCAAUCACCGAACAACCCGGCUUCACUCGAGGCGCCAAGGGUCAAGUGACGCCCAUGGCGGCUUUUCCUGCAGUGAGUCUGCACACUGCCGUAAAGUUUCGUUUCGGGCUCCAAUGCUACUGUGCCAUUGUCAAACCCCAGGCGGCACAUGUUUCACGGAGAGAUGGGAGAUGGCGAAGUGGAAAGCGGGGCAACGGAUCGGCGAUGAAUUGACGAUACGACGUGGAUGUGGUCAUUUGACUGUUCUUUAGGGACGACGGCAUGCAACCUAAACCAGGUCAUUGUGUGGUAUCGGCGUUGAGGUUAUCGCCGGUUGUGUUGUGU